CUGACUGGCCCGUACCGAACCACCCUAAACGGUGAGGUAGGCUCUUUUCUGUUUUCAGAAAGUUUAUUGAAAAACUUGCGCGUAUUUAGUGGUUGUUUAUUUCAGUGUACACAAGUUUAAUGCCUAAAUUGUAUUAAGGGCAGCGUAUAGCAGAAGGCUGUAUCGCUCAGUGUCAACAACAGCGAUGGUCAUGGAGGCGUCCCCAUCUCCGCAGAGCGUCGGCCGCGAAUUCGUCCGCCAGUACUACACGCUCCUGAACAAGGCGCCCGCCCAUCUCCAUAGAUUCUAUAACAAUUACUCGUCGUUCAUCCACGGCGGUCUCGACGCCCCCAACCGCGAGACGCUUCCCGUGGUCGGACAGAAGCAGAUCCACAAUCGCAUUCAGCAGCUCAACUUCCGCGACUGCCAUGCCAAGAUCAGUCAGGUGGACGCUCAAGCGACCCUCGGCAACGGCGUCGUGGUCCAAGUGACGGGCGAGCUGUCCAACGGCGGGGCUCCGAUGCGCCGCUUCACGCAGACCUUCGUACUGGCCGCGCAGUCUCCGAAGAAGUAUUACGUUCACAACGACAUCUUCCGUUAUCAGGACAUAGUGUUUUCGGACGAAGAAGGCGAAGGAUCUGGUCGCUCUGAAGGCGAAGAGGAGGAGAGCGCCGCCAACGCGGGGGCCUAUUUCCCUCCCCCGCCCAACGCGUUCCCGUCUGCGCCCUUCCCGCAGCCGCCGCACGCCCCCCUCGUGUCUCCCCCGCCGCCCGCGCCCGCCCCCCCGGCGCCGCAGCAGCCCGCGCACCACCUCAACGGACACCCGCAGCAGCACGACGACGUCUCCCGGCACCUCGUUGCCGCUCUACAAGCCACGACCGCGCCCAGCGAGCCGGAGCCCGAGCGGAGCGCCACGCCGCCCCCCGCCCCCGCGCCGCUCGACGCCGCGCCCGAGCCGGAGCCCGAGCGCGAACCCACUCCACCGCCACAACCAGCAACUGUCCCUCCGGAACCGAAGACCUACGCGAACCUCCUGAAGUCGGGGUCGAGUCAGGCUCAGCGCGCCAUGCCGGCGGUGGUGCCGAGCAGCGCGCCGCCCCGCGCCCCCCGGCCCGCGCCGCCCCCCGGCCUGCCCCCCGCCCCGGAGGCGGCGCGGCGCUACUCGGACGCGCAGCAGCUGUUCCUGGGCAACCUGCCGCCCGGCGCCAGCGAGGACGAGCUGCGAGCGCUAUUCGCACAGUUCGGUCCCGUCGCCGAGCUGCGCGUGCACGCCAAGAGCGCGCCGCCCGGCCAGCCGCGCCUGCCCAACUACGGCUUCAUCACGUACGAGAGCUCGCAGGCCGCCAGCGAGUGCCUGAGCGCGGCGCCGCUCUACUUCCCGCCGGACAGCGCCGACGCCGUCAAGCUCAACGUGGAGGAGAAGAAGGCGCGCGGCCGCGAGCCCCCGCCCCGCGCGCGCCGCCCGCCCUCCUCGGCCCGCGCCCCCCGCCCCGCCUACCGGCGCUAGGCCCCGCCAGCCCCCGCCACCCGCUGCGGACGCGCCCGGUGUACACUCCUGUAUGUUACUUAUAUAACUUGCCUCCCUCACUCACAUAAACUAUUAUACAUCUGCCGCAGUUCUAUUUUAGUUAAAAAUCAUUACGAAAAUUAAUUACAUUCCUCUCGGUUGAAAGUAAUGUUAAAAAUUGUAUCCCUGUUCACGGUGACGAAGUUCUAUGUAAUACUCGCCACCAGUAACACGGAUCGCAUUAAAUUCACAAAUUUAUUCAUUUGUAGUUUAAAAUUAUGAGAUAAAAAAGAUCUCAGAUUGACUAUUUUGACUGCAGACCAUAGUUAAUUGUUUAACUGUACGAGGACCGCUCGCCUCGCCGCGCUGAACUGUUGGACUGAACUGUUCAUUAAAGAUAGAUAAAGGAGUUCAGCUUUUGCAUUCCACACGAAAUGAAUUGUAAUCCAGUCACACAUACAGUUGGUGCCACAAUACAAUUUCCUUUCUGCAACAGAUGAAUUAGCUUUUCGUUAGUACGGCAAUCUGACAAUGGCAUUAGCGUAGUCAAUAUUAAAAGACUGCCGGCCGGGGAGCCACGCCGCAGUACGUACAGAAGACCAGGUCAUUUUCACAAAUUGUAAUGUCCGCAGCGGUACUUAAUUUCUAAUACAUUUUUAUUUUUACAUUAACAACGCUUCGCAAUUCGCUUAACAUGAAUAUUUCGUUUAAGUAGUUAGAUAGUAAAUUAAUUUCUUAUUUUAAUAAUUAAUUAAUAGUAACAGAAUUCCGGUGGUGUGACCAAUUUGCAAAAAAAAAAAAAAAACAUUAUAGAAGCCGAUUAAAUUUCUAAACGUUUCUACUGUGGGUACAACGAUUUACUGAUAUGAUUUAGUCGUUAACAAAACGUUUUGAAAAUGUACACAUUUAUGAUUUACGAAAUUUCGUGAACUGGUCACACCAACGACAAUUCGCACUUAUCAAUUUCUAAUUUCCAAGCCUAACAAGGACGGUUGGUUGUAAUUAAAAAGAAACAAAUAUAGUUUGUUCAUAUCACUCUAGUUUGAUUCGUAGUUGGGAUUUGUGAUAUCGUUUGUCUGGUAAAUCCUCGAGCACCGCGCAGUGCCCGGGGCGCUCCCUGGCGUCCGGGGCUCCGUGGCGAGUGCGACAUGAAGUUCGAGAAUAUUCUUCCAGUGUCCAAACGUGUCGUGGCCAAUGUUACCAAUUAAACCGUCGAUAAUAUAUAUAACAAAAAAAAUCUAUAUAUGUAUUCAAAACAACCCAUCGUUCUUAGCGAGAACAAUGUUGUAAAGGCUGUACGGUAGCUGAGAUGUCGACAUUCUUUGUAAUUUUUUUGUUGAAAUGAUAAAUUGUUUUCUCGCCCCGAACACAAAUACCCUCAAAAUACUUGUAACUUUUGUAUGUGCAUAUUUCGUCUAUAUGUUUGCGAUUCGAAUAAACUACAAGGGUCAAGAUUCAAGUCAGCAUGAGCACCGAGAUCGUACGUAGUUUGCAGUGCGUCCACAACUAACCAUUACUGCCGCAUCCCACCGCCGGCCCUAGUGUCGGGGGUGAGGUAGUGUUGUCCAGCCCUCUCGAUAUUCCAAACCUCAUGUCUGACUAUCGACGGUUCGCGUUUACCACCAAGCCAUGCAUAAUAAUGUGAUUUUAAAACAAAUAUUCGCUCUACCGCGGUUUUAAAUCUGAUGAUAAGUUCAUAUGUAUCUUUUAUGUAUUUAUUCGUUUGCCGUAAAUUGACUCUGGAUACGCAUCUCGAUACACGAAACAUUUUCAAAAAGGCAGUAAAUAUUAAAGCAGUAAUUUGUAUAAGAAGGUUAGAUGGGGACAUAUCAUCUGUGAGUUUGAUCAGGCGAGAAUUCUAAACGUGCAUAGUGCUGUCUCGCUCGCACUCACAGUAUGUGCGAGCGAGACGCACAGAGCUGUUCACAACUUGCCUUCGAAACUAU